UUUCUGCAAUAGUCCUUGAACACAUGUUGAGUACAGACAAGAGGAGAGAGAUGCCCACGACUCUGACUGAGAUGUCAAUACACUUCCUGCUCAUUCAGAACAGCCUGAAGAACCAGAAAUAUCAUGGAAGAGAUGAGAUGGAUCAACAGGAGCUCAUGGAGUCAGAUAAGGAAAUUCUUCUGAAGCUGGGGAAGCUGGCGUUUGAAAAUCUGGAGAAGGGUAAUCUCAUGUUCUAUGAAGAAGACCUGAAAGAGUGUGGCAUUGAUGUCAAAGAAGCCUCAGUGUACUCAGGAGUGUGCACACAAAUCUUUAAAGAAGAGUCUGUGUUAUUUCAGAGAGUGGUGUACUGCUUUGUUCAUCUGAGCAUUCAGGAGUUUCUCUCAGCUGUCUACAUGUACCAUUGUUACACAACCAAGAACAUGGAUGCACUGAAGCCCUUCCUCAAUAGAAAGUCUAGAGCUGCAUCUGAAGAGCUAACCUUGCAUGAGCUGCUGAAGAGUACCGUGGAUAAAGCCUUGGAGAGCAAGAACGGACACCUGGCCCUCUUUGUCCGCUUCCUUCAUGGCAUGUCACUGGAGUCCAAUCAGAAACUCCUACGAGGUCUGGUGACACAGACAGAAAGCAGUCCAGACAGCGUCCAGAAAACAAUCCGAUCCCUUAAGGUGAUGCAGAGGAAGAACAUCUCCCCUGAGAGGUGCAUCAAUCUCUUCCACUGUCUGAUAGAGAUGAAAGACCAUUCAGUACAGGAGGAAAUCCAAGCGUACUUGAGGUCAGAGAAGAGAUCCAAAAACCUCACACUUUCUCAUUGUUCAGCACUGGCCUACAUGCUACAGAUAUCAGAGGAGGUUCUGGAUGUGUUUGACCCGAAGGUAUACAAGACAUCAGAGGAGGGUCGUAGGAGACUGCUCCCAGCUGUGAGAGGCUGCAGGAAAGCUCUACUCACUGGCUGUAAACUCACAGACACAUCCUGUGAAGUGUUGGCCUCAGCUCUCAGUUCAAACCCCUCACACCUGAGAGAGCUGGAUCUGAGUAACAAUGACCUGAAGGAUUCAGGAGUGAAGCUGCUCUCUGCUGGACUGGGGAAUCCCCACUGUAAACUGGAGAAUCUGAGGCUGUCACGCUGUCUAGUCACAGAGGAAGGCUGUGCUUCUCUGUUCUCAGCUCUGAAGUCAAACCCCUCACACCUGAGAGAGCUGGACCUGAGCUACAAUCACCCAGGAGACUCAGGAGUCAGACUGCUCUCUGCUGGACUGGAGGAUCCACACUGCAGACUGGAGAAACUCAAUGUGGAACAUGGUGGAGAGAACACAAUGAAACCUGGACUUAGAAAAUAUGUCUGUGAUCUCACACUGGACCUAAACACAGUAAGCAGAGACCUCUCUCUGUCUGAGGAGAACAGAAAGGUGACAGGUACGACAGAGGAGCAGCCGUAUCCUGAUCACCCAGAGAGAUUUGAGAUCUAUAGUCAGGUGCUGUGUAGAGAGGGUCUGACUGGACGCUGUUACUGGGAGGUAGAGUGGAGUGGGUUAGGGGCUGAUAUAGGAGUGGCAUAUAAAGGAAUCAGCAGGAGAGGAUGGGGUUAUGACUGUGGGAUUGGAUACAAUGACAAGUCCUGGAGUCUGUUCUGCUCUGACAACAGUUACUCUGCCUGGUACAAUAAUAAGUCCACUCCCAUAGACGUCCCCUCCUCCAGCUCCCACAGAGUAGGAGUGUAUCUGGACUGGCCAGCCGGCACUCUGUCCUUCUACAGAGUCUCCUCUGACACACUGACCCACCUGUACACAUUCCACUCCACAUUCACUGAGCCCCUCUAUCCAGGGUUUAGGGUUUAUGGUGUUGACGACUCAGUGUCCCUGUAAAUAAUAACCAUGGUAACAGGGUUCAUGAUGAAUUAUGGGGUUUGGUGUCCUCAGUCAAAACACACACUGGACACACACACACACUUUACGUACACACACACACUAGACACACACACUAGAC